AUGGACACCCAAGAAGCAAAGCGUCAGGUCAUCAUUGUCGGUGGUGGAAUCACAGGCCUUACCUUGGCUUUGAUGCUGCAGAACCUAGGCAUCAACUAUGUACUUCUCGAAGCAUACGGCACAGUAACCCCGAAUGUCGGAGCCAGCAUCGGUCUUUUUCCCAACGGCUUGCGGAUUCUUGAUCAGCUGGGCUGCUACGAAGACAUUCUGUCCAAAGCACAACAGGUAGAGGAGAUGGUCUUCCGAAACAGCGCCUCUGGAAAACGCAUCACGACCCGCAGGACAGGAGACCUCUUCAUCCAACGUCAUGGGUAUCCAAGCAUAUUCAUGGAGCGCUAUCAGCUGCUCAACGUGUUGUAUGAUCACUUGAAGGAGAAGAAGCGGAUCUUCGUCAACAAGAAGGUGAGGCGAGUGGAGAGCCUGGAGGACAGUGCUCUGGUGCACAUCGCUGACGGCUUGGUCUUCGAAGGCCAGAUUGUCGUGGGUGCAGAUGGUGUGCGCAGCACAAUUAGGCAGGAGAUGUGGAGGAAUGCGGACGACAACAACGAUUCGGCCGCCGUCCCUGCGCGCGACAGAGGCACCGUCCCCUGCGAGCACGCCUGCAUCUUUGGCACGGCCAAGCCAACGUCGGGUAUUACAGCCGGCGAGGUCAUCGGCGCGAGCGGUGACGGUACCCUAGCCGGCUGCAUGGGUGGACCUGGAGGAGAGGUCUUCGUUUUCUGGUUCUGGACAUUGCCGAAGUCUCAGCGGUCAUGUUCCAUCAACAGUAUUCCGCGAUUUGACGAAGAAGACAAGCAACGCCAAUUCAAGCGCAGUGCAGACGCCCUCGUCGCUGACAACGGCCUGCGCUUCAGCAAGAUUGUUGAUAGUCUGGAGCACAGCGGCGUCACUGCCCUGCCGCACUUUGUGAUGCGAAGGUGGCAUUAUGGACGGAUCAUCAUCAUCGGGGACGCUGCGCACAAGUUCAAUCCUCUCGUCGGACAGGGAGGCAACAGCUGCAUUGAGUCGUGUGCUGCACUUAUCAACGCCCUGCAGGAGCAGAACCUUCCCAGCAGUGGGUCUUGGAAGCUGACCGAGGUGACCAAGGCUUUUGUUGCCGUCGAGGACCAGCGCGUUGAUCGCCUCGUAGACAUGGUUGAGAAGUGCCAGGAAGCUAUGCGUGCGUCAGCUUGGGACACUUGGAAGGGCCGCUUGGUAAACAAGUACAUCUCGCCUCUCAUGCCGAUGUCUCGGUGGUUCAACUUCUACAGCGGCCUAAUUUCCGGUGGCCUAAGCUUGAAGGGCUUUAGCUCUCCCACUCCAGUUCAUGACUGGCCUUACAGUGACGAAAAGAGCGUCGAAGACAAGAAUUCCACGCUGAGCAAAGCUAGUGUUGUUGCCGCAUUGCCUGUUGCUGCCCUUACGGCCUUUCUACUGGCGAGAGUACUUCAGCAGCAGAAUCUGCUUGGAGAUUCAUUGCUGCCGCGAAUCAUGGAGAAGGUUUCGAAAUAUCGGAGGUAG